AUGUGCACCAGCCGGAAGAUCAUCUGGAGUCUGCUGGUUCUCUCAGUGUUGGAGAUAGGACUCGGCGUCUCCAGCAUUGCUCUGGGUGCGGUGGGCAUUAGUCGAGUGAAAUCCGAGCACAAACCUCAACAAGGGGAUGCCUCUCCUGUGUGGAGCGGGGUGUGUUUUCUUGUCUGUGGGCUCUGUGGAAUGCUGUGUGCAAAAAAAAGAACUGGCCUGGUUAUGAUACUCUUCUCAGCGUGUUGUAUCUGUGGUCUGAUUGGUGGAAUCCUGAACUUCCAGUUUGUGCGAGCGUUGGUGAAGAGGCCGGGCACUGUCCCCUCGCUGCACUUAGCGGCCAUGUCUCUGGCCUGCCUGGGUAUCAGCAGCUGUACGCUAUCCACCUGGCUGACCUGCAGACUGGCCAGCAGUGAACAGCAGCGCAUGUUUUUAGAGCGAGAGCAUUCUUUGCACCAUUCCCAUGAGAUGGCAGAGAAGGAGAUCUUAGAUAACUCCAGCAAUGGAAUCCCUCAAAUCUCUUACAAUGGACGAAGUGCAUCGCCGUGA